UGGGUAGGUUACCAACGUCCUUGUCCUACCAAGCGCACACUGACUGCCUUCACGCAAGGGCUCGAGGAUCUCUGUCAUUCACUUGUACUUGAAUAAAAUCGGAUUUUCAGACAUGAUGGCAGCCAGAUUUCUCCGCCGGGCUCUCCCGGUGCUCAGGCAAACUCGCUCCUACGCCGAGGCCGCCACCAGUGGCCCGCAGAUGUCCUUCACUUUCGCCUCCCCGACACAGGUGUUUUUCAACGGGGCCAGUGUGAAACAGGUCGACGUGCCCACACUUACUGGUGCGUUCGGUAUCCUCCCUGCCCACGUACCCACCUUGCAGGUGCUCAGGCCCGGCGUUGUCACAGUCUUCGGUGAUGACGGUUCCACUAUCAAAUACUUUGUGAGCAGUGGGUCAGUAACAGUCAACGCUGAUUCUUCAGUGCAGCUUCUGGCUGAGGAGGCUUUUCCUUUGGACCAGCUGGACGUCGCUGCUGCCAAGGCCAACCUGGAGAAGGCCCAGUCUGACUUGGCCGGUACAUCUGACGAGGCAGUGAGGGCAGAAGUUCAGAUCAGCAUAGAGGCCAACGAGGCCAUCGUCAAGGCUCUGGAGUAGAGAGCUGUGGUACGACAUCUCAGCCACCAUGAUCUGACCAUUAGAGAGGUAAUCUUUUCUGUUUCUUUGAUGGAAAUCAAUGGUCCAUCUGUUUUUCCAGCUCAGUCACGUCAGUGUCCAGAAGAUUCCAUGCUUGCUUUGUACAGUGGAUAAAAUUACAAAAUAAAUUUAUUUGGAAUUA